AGUUACGCAGGCGCGAUGGGGAGAACCGCAAGGCUUUGGGCCGCUCCGCCGAAUGCAACCGCGCCCCCCAGGAGACCCGGUACCCACCUCCUACCAUUCCCCGUGCCUCCGUGCGGGCCCCUCUCAGGCAGCGCGUAGUGGACGCAGGGGCGGGCUGAGGACGGUCACAGGCGCGAGAUGGAGUCCCCAGGAGGGAGGAACCUGCAGAUGGCCCCAAAGGAAGGCCAGGGCCUCUGCAGUGUGAAGACUGCCACGAGGCGCCCCUCUGAGGGGGCUGUGUCUGGAGGCUGGGGGUCCUGGGAAGACUCCACGGAGGUCCCAGGGGAGGCAGGGGACGGCGAGCGGCAGCAAGCCACACUGGGGGCGGCGGACGAACAGGGGGGCCCCGACAGGGAGCUGGGCCCCGCAGAUGGUGGGCGGGACGGGGCUGGGCCCCGGGAGUAUGUAGACUGGACGUUGCGCCCUUCGCCUCUCCCAGAGGAGCCGGACUGCCGGUGCGGGGAGUGCGGCAAGGCGUUCAGCCAGAGCUCCUACUUGCUGCAGCACCGGCGCGUGCACACAGGCGAGAAACCGUACACGUGCCCCGAGUGCGGCAAGGCCUUCGCCUGGAGCUCCAACCUCAGCCAGCAUCAACGCAUCCACAGCGGCGAGAAGCCCUACGCUUGCGGGGAGUGCGGCAAGGCCUUCCGCGCUCGCUCGCAGCUCAUCCACCACCAGGAGACGCACAGCGGCCUGAAGCCCUUCCGCUGCCCGGACUGCGGCAAGUCCUUCGGUCGAAGCACCACGCUGGUGCAGCACCGACGCACGCACACGGGCGAGAAGCCCUACGAGUGCCCGCACUGCGGCAAGGCCUUCAGCUGGAACUCCAAUUUCCUGGAGCACCAGCGCGUGCACACGGGCGCGCGGCCACACGCCUGCCCGGACUGCGGCAAGGCCUUCAGCCAGAGCUCCAACCUGGCUGAGCACCUGAAGAUCCACGCGGGCGCGCGGCCACACGCUUGUCCCGACUGCGGCAAGGCAUUCGUGCGCGUGGCGGGGCUGCGGCAGCACCGGCGCACGCACAGCAGCGAGAAGCCCUUCCCCUGCGCCGAGUGCGGAAAGGUUUUCCGCGAGAGCUCUCAGCUCCUGCAGCACCAGCGCACGCACACGGACGAGCGGCCCUUCGAGUGCGCCGAGUGCGGCCAGGCUUUCGUCAUGGGCUCCUACCUGGCGGAGCACCGGCGCGUGCACACGGGCGAGAAGCCCCACGCGUGCGCCCAGUGCGGAAAGGCCUUCAGCCAGCGCUCCAACCUGCUCAGCCACCAGCGCACGCACUCGGGCGCCAAGCCCUUCGCCUGCGCCGACUGCGGUAGGGCCUUCCGCGGCAGCUCGGGCCUGGCGCACCACCGGCUCACGCACACGGGCGAGCGGCCCUUCGCCUGCGCAGAAUGUGGCAAGGCCUUCCGCGGCAGCUCCGAGCUGCGCCAGCACCAGCGCCUGCACUCUGGCGAGAGGCCGUUCGUCUGCGCCCACUGCAGCAAGGCCUUCGUGCGCAAGUCGGAGCUCGUAAGCCACCGGCGUACGCACACGGGCGAGAGGCCCUACGCUUGCGGCGAGUGCGGGAAGCCCUUCAGCCACCGCUCCAACCUCAACGAGCACCAGAAGCGGCACGGGGGCCGCACUGCGCCCUGACCCGAGGACGCGCCUGAGCGGGAGGUCGCGGACACGCGGCACUGCGGGGUCCCGGGCGUGAGUGCACUGUCUGCUGGCCCAGCCUUUUUCGGGCCACCAGUGCGGGCGCCCUCCUGCUGGGAGUGCAGGGGUGGCAUUGGGCGUAGGGAACCCUGGCUGCACAGUCCCUUUGACAAUAGUCCCACCGGCCACCCAGACCUGGCUGGGACAUGUGGGAUGGGCUCUUGACCUCAGGGAAGGUAGUAAGCUCCACUUCGGCGAGAGGUUCAUCCAUGCAGAAGUGGGCAAGAACUGGGGUCUCCGACAGGUGUGG